CAGCGAUCGCCGGUGCGCUGUGUCCCUCGGACACAGCGGAUCAUGGAAAGAGCCAAAGAUGUCGGCUCAGUCAUGUGAUCAGCUGUGUCCAAUCACAGCUGAUCACAUGGCACUGAUGAUCAGUGUGGCCCCAGAAGUGCCACCUGUCAGUGCUCAUCAAUGCCACAUAUCAGUGCCCAUCUGAGCUGCCUUUCAAUGUCACCCAUCAGUGCCAGUCAGUGCCACCUAUCAAUGCCAAUCAAUGCUGCCUUUCAGUGCCCAUCAGUGAUGCCUGUCAAUGCCCAUCAGUGCAACCUACCAGUGCCACCUAUCAGUGCCCAUCAGUGCAGCCUAUCAGUGCCCAUCACUGCAGCCUCAUUAGCGCACAUCAUU